AGGUUAGCGAAAGUGUCUUCGUUAGUGGGAACGCAAAUUGGCCCGUUGUAAGUCAAGUAAGAAACCGAAACUAUGAAAUCAAGGCAUAAUCAUAAGCAUUUAGGAAUGCUGGAGAAGACGCAAAGAGGCUCAGACUGAAAUGAAAAAUGUUUUGUACUACUAGCCCUAGCGGGCGAGACGACGUGAUAAGAGUUCUUCACCGGAGACACGACCAUACUAGGCAGUGCUACAAGUUUUAAGGUAGCUUUGACUAAAGAAAGAAUCCCAUAAGAAUCAUGGAAACAACCGUCGCGACUGAUCGCAGCGUGUCAAUUCAACUUGCGCUUUUUCGACAAGGAAGAUGACCUCCUUCGCUUCGCGCACCCUCUACUGCUUCAUUUUCCUGCAAGCUCUAGGCCUCGGACCUCUAGAACAAGCUACGGCGAGACGUCGAUCCUCGAAGAAGUUCCUUUCUUUGGCGGAUCUGGAAGAGAUACAUCGCAUCCGGCGCAACAACACGGCUCCUGUCAUUACGUUGACGAGGAAACCAAAAUGGAGCGGCUGACGGAAGAGCAAGGACGGCGCUAUCUGACGAAGCAAGUUGGCAUCCGUCACGACGACAACCCAGCGCUCUUCGUCGUGCUUCUGGACGCGUUAAAGUUACGAUGAAAGAUAAAAGUACGUACUUUUUAGAUAACGUCUGGUAGUCUAAGUCUACUUCUGCUCCAGUUGGUGGCCGCCAAGAUAAUAGCUCGAGCUGCUCCACGUUGCAGCUUAACUGCGUCGUGAGAGCAAAUGCUGGAAUAAGUAGGGGUGGCAAGGAAGAAGUAGUAGUCAUCCACCUUCAAUUUUAUAUCUUCUAAGACAAUUUCCUGUCCCGGAGCCAUGGCAAGUCGUAACCUCAGAAGAAUCAGCAGGCGAAGUCUAUUUUUAUCAGCCUGAAAACAAAGAAACGUCAUGGCAAAUACCAUUCCAUACCAGUAUUGAGGACCUGCAGUCCAAUUUUCUUUACGUAUGGGAUAAUGAAGCAGAGGCAGAGGCGCACGAUAGGGAAGUACUUUUUUGCCCUCUACUGAUAAUCAUGCUUGUUCUUCCGACAUGUAGUGAAGAUGACACUGUCGUGUCUACUCUAUCUUCAUUUUCAUUUGUAAGUACGCGCACUAGUACAACAUUUCACCCGGUGCCGGUGUAAGCACGCGCAUAUGCAUUGUUCAAAGCGCCGAAUGCUUUGAGUGCGUUUCUACAGUAAAAAGCACUGCUUCCAGAGUCUUCGUGCGGUGUCGUGUCGUUUUGGACGUGGGGUUCUCCACGAAAAGCGGCCCGCGUAUGGUGUCCCGUCUUGUUGGAUAAAAGGGCGACCGCCUACUUUCGUGGGGUUAUCCACGGAAAGCGGCCUGCGUAUGGUGCCGUCGUCGUUUCGUGUUGGAAAGGGCGACCGCUUUUCGUGGGGUUUUUCACGAAAAGCGGUCUGUGUAUGAUGUCGCGUCUUAUUGGAUGAAGGGCGACCGCCGUGUUGGAAAGGGCGACCACGAAAAGCGGUCGGCGUAUGGUGUCGUGUCUUGUUCGAAAGAGCGACUGUUUUCGUGGGGUUCCCCUCGCAGGAAAAAGGGUUGCUUUCAUGGUCUUCAUGGGUAUGGUGGCGCGCCCCCCUGUUCGCUGCGAGAUAUUACAAGAUUUGCUUUUUUAUUAAAUCAACAAAAACGAAGGAGUAACAAGUGUAAGAGUUUGAUAUUGAUAGUGAAAGUGAAGCUAGUUGUAAUUAAACUUGAGUUCUUUUUUAACUAUUUUCAGUAUUUCCUUACCCUGCCAUCGCUACAACAAAAAGGCGCAGCAACGAUGCGAGCUCGCGUUGGAGGCCUGGAGAAGCCGGUUGGAGGAAAGGGUUGCUGAGUAUACGGAAGUAGCUAUCCCACCAGAGGAGAGUGGAGGCGUCGCUCGUAGCUAUUACUAUGUGGAUGACGUCACGACCUGGGACUCGCCAAGAAGUAUGGCAUUGUGUUGGCUGCGUGUGCAUACCGCCUAACCUACAAAGUGAUUACAUAAUGCACAGAGGCAAAGUUAGUAACCCCGCAUACUCUUGAUAGAGGAUGAGGAGCGAGUUUCGCUCCUAGAACUAACUAGAGAUGAGGAGCUUUCCUUUCUACGCCUUUUCGUCCAUACCCAUAGUUAGUAUAUCAUUUUCUAAUCGAAGUUACGAAAAAAAAUUCUUUGAUCCGAAGAACGAGCCACUUUCCAGGCUGCUGGAGCCAGCUUACAGGGAAUAUCUUCGCGAAUAUGAGAAGUACUACCGCAACAGUUCCUCCAGCGACGAUGACCUCACUGGCAGCAAGCAAAUUCUUGUGGAAAGGUCAGACUCCAGAGAGGAGGGAGGGCCGCCAGGAGUUAAGCCGCGUUUCCUCAUACAUAUACUUGCCAUGAAGUAGAACAAAAACUUUGUUCGAUUAAGUAUGUGUUGUGGACAAUCUAUCUCACUUUCAAGCUCAACUUUGCCUUCCUCGUCUAAUACGAGAAGUGACAGUCGAGAUCGCACGCUGCUAAGUGGAUCCGAGAGCGGCGUGACAGGGACGCUUGUUGGAAGCGACGACAUCGCGCCACAUCAGAACAGCAUUACCAUCGAAGAAGGCGUUGCUGCUGCAGAGCGAGCAGGAUCCUCACGACAGCGCGGCAUAAGCAGUGGCGUACGUGCGCCCUCUAGCCCUGGUCCUGAUAGUAUUAAGGCGGCGAAUCCAUGAUGUGCGCGAUUGUAUUUUCAUUCACAAGGAGAUGAAAAUGAACACGAAAAAAUACCUGUGUUGAACAACUUCUGGACGAUCUCUUCUUCUAAUGAUAGCUUUGAGGCCUCAAAUCCGCUGUUGCAGAGGGCAGUACAAGGUGAUUCAUCUGGAGUUACCAUGGCUGACGCAACGGCCGCCGCGAGUCGAAAUCAGCAUGCAGAAGCAUCAUCGUCAUCGUCAUCUACAGCAAAGCAAGGCAAGCUAACUCGAGAGGACGUCUACGAUCGGACGCCGACUUUAGACCCGGAAGGACUCAGCGCUGUCAUCGAGCAAGUGACCAACUCACGCAGCUCUUCUUCCUCUAAUUAUGGUUGUACUUAGUUCCGUGGUGUUGGUGUAACAAACGGUAGCUGUGUUUGAUUUGUCGUGCUGGUUUUUUGAUGGACUUGUCAUUUAUGAACGAGAUGGAACUACAACGAACUGACCUAUCUAGACAUCCACCGAGUUCUACUUAAUCACUAGAUACAGACACUCCCUGCUUCCUCUCCUCUAAUAUCCAGCUUACCCGACCAACGGGUCUCUGCGUAGUGAGGCUGAAUCGACGAUAAAGAACUGGGACAGCGGUCUGGCGCUGCGGAAGUGGAUGAUUCCAGAGCAAUAUGGCAAGUACCUUCAGAUCGACGGCAAAAAUGAGACGGAAUUACUACGACUUUUUUCACAGCUCUUCAUGCGACCGCUGAUGCCACCAUGGCGAGCUCAAAGAGACGACCGCAGUCGUGUCUUCUUCCAGCCCGUGGGCAGCAUACCAGAAGAUAAGAAGGUACUUCCUUCUUUAUAUUUGAAGACGAGAAAAUGAAAAAGAAAAACUAUGACUGGUGUUACACGAGGACUGGUCUCAUCGUUCUUCUGUAUUGAUGAUGAGAAUCACGACAUUAUAACUAAUGACACGAGAUGAAGCCGCAGAAUCAUACUCAGGAGCAUCAAUUAUUACAAUUCUAGUUGCCUUUUUACUACAACAUUUCUGCAGGCAUGGAAGCAUCCGUUACAAACGUUCUUUGCGGAGUUAAUACCGGUAGUAAGGCAUGUGCUGGAGAGCGAUGACGUGGCGGACAAGAAGAGUCGGCUAGUCGCUGUAAUGCAGAAGCACGCGGGCCGAAAAAGCAUCAAGGGCAUGGGAACCUGGAUGGAAGUAGAGGAAGUAGGGGAUAACGGCGAAAAGCAGGUUUUGUUCGUGAAUCGAGAAGACACUCAACAAAAACGAACCGACUCGCCAAAGCUCGCAUCAUGCAUACAAGUCUACACGAAGGUACUAGGACGGCUUGUUUGGCUCCCGCAGUUAUAAUUUGCUCGUUUUUACAUUUACAUUUACGUUUUUGAGGUGAUCAUCAUCAUCAAACUUAAACCUUUGUUCCUCAUCUUCUUUAUUGAUAUUGAUGAGCAAUAAAGAGAACCUCAACAGACGCUCUCUGUUUGUUCUACAAUUAGUUGUGGAUGUUGGUGCACUUGUGGGAUGGGAUAUUCGUGGAUCCGCCAGCCAAGUGCCCCCUGAGCGACGACGAGUGUUGGUCAUUAGCAACGCGACUUGGAAAUAUGGUUAUUCAGCGGGACUCGGUGCCGCCAUCCGAACCUCUUACUGCGAAAAUCGACGACGAGGAGGAUGUUUCGAGUGCGUCCUCAUCGGCAGGAGGAGCUGCAAACUGUGGUAGUGGAAAAAUAAGCGCGGGUGGCACGCCAAGAACUGAAAAUGACCAGCCCACGUGUUCGGCAUCGAGUAACAAGAAGCCCGAAUUCGUUUCUCAAUUACCGCUAGGGGAAGCGGGACUCGCAAAUGCUAAUAGUACUGGUGUUGGCGGAGCAGGUGGCUCGAAGACCGCAGAUGCCGAUCACAACUCAGCUGCAUCUAAAGUUCCUGAACAAGGGGCUACAGACUCCGCUUCGAAUGCAGGAGGCACGGAGCCGCUAGAGGCUGCGAGCAGUUCUGUACGGUCAGGACGAGAAGGCAAAAGCAAGGAUGCAAAGGACCAUAGAGAACAAGCAGCUGCUGCGGCGUCUCUAGCGGAGCAAGUAGCUGCCGAACGCGAGAGGUUGCUGGCUGAGGAAAGAGAAGCGCGACUGAGACACGAAGAGAAGACGCGAGAAGACAUAGCACGCGCGCGGGAGGAAUGGGCUAAAGAGCGCAAAGCUACUCAAGAUGAGAUGAACCUUGCAAUUCAGGCGGUUUUGGACCAAACCACACAGAAAACCGAAGAAGCACUGAAGAGGCAGCAAGACGAAGACUUAGACAGGAAAGCGAAAGAGGUACUACUAACAUCUUGUUAACAGUUGACAAUGUUCUUCAGGACGCAAAGCAUAGCACAUGCAGCAUGAAAUCAUUUUUUCACGGCGAAAUUCUACUUGAUACGCAACAGCAACACUCCUGGGGUGUAAUAAUUUUUUCACCACGUCGCCGGAAGCGCAGAUGAACUUUCUUUGGAUGUUCUUGUACGUAUGUGGAUGUUUGUAGUUCUUUCACAGACUCUUGGAUUUCACAACAAGCUUACUGCUCGCUCAACAUCAUCCCACCAGCUCGAAAAGCGUUUAGCAGCCGAGACCUCGGCCCGCGACGAGGAAUUCCGAGCGAAGUUAGCUGAAGUAGAGGCGCGCAUGGCCGAGCAAUUGGCCAGCAGCCUCGAGCAAAUUCGAGAGCAAGUGAAGUCGGAGGUCUCUCAAAAGCCAGAGAAACGCACAGACAUGGAGCUAGAUUGGCAACGGGACUUCGACCACCAGUGCCAGAGAUUGCAAGACCAGUGGCAACGACGCAUUGAGGCGUACAAGGGUAAUGCGGAACUCGAGCUUCAGCAGUCUAUUCGACAGAUCCGAGAACAGCACGAUAGGGAGCAAGCAGCUGCACAAGAGCGAUGGCGAGAGAAGGAUAGAGAAUUCGUCGAGGAACAGAGACACUUAUUGGAGUUAUGACGAUGAUUGAAAUCUUAAUCUUAUCCCAACUCCCAAGUCAGGUUGAUGUGUCCUUAGUGUCAGUGAACAAGAUAGUCCUCAAAUAUAGUAGCACUCCCCCUUCGCGGCUUUUCUAACCAGAGGCACUGCGAGUCGGAGUGUGUCUGAUCUGGCUGUGGAGAGCCAGAAAAUGAUGGGCGAGCAUCAACGACUGGUGGAAGCGGCCUUAGAACAGAAGAAAAUGGCGUUAGAGAAACAGUACGCGGAACGAACUCGGCAAACAGACGAACAUAUAGCAGAAAGGCGGAAGGAAAUCGGGAGAGAUCUGGACACCAGAAAAACACAGCUGGAAGAAGAUCUCGUUCGAACGACGAAAGAGAUUGAGCUCCAGGUACAGUCUUCUUGCUUUUAGGUAUCCGAGGAAGCCUAUGGGCCACAGUCUUGCUAACUGCAUAAUACCUGCAGCUUUGAAAAUUAACAUCUCUUUCUGAGUCUGGUGGUGGUGACCGAGGACGAGGACCAUCUUCUCAUUUCUCCAUUACUCGUUCUCUUUCAUCACAUCUCUACAGGUACAUUCUCGCUACAUGGAGCAGUUUGAGAGGGAGACAUUAAAACACCAAGAGACGUUGAUGGCACAAACGCAAGAGUUGCAACAGAAAGCUUAUCAUGAGGUAAAGAAAAAACACACUGUCAUCUUAGACGAGCUAGAGCGAGAUGCCAAGCAGAGACAAGAGGUUUACUUUAUGAGUCGGAAGUUUAGUUCUUGCGACUGCUUAUUCGUGUAAGUAGAAGAAGCUUCAGAAGCACCACAGACACUUCCAAAUUAUUCCCAGAAUUAUAGUCCUCUGUUGUUUCUUUCAUUUUCGUAGCCGAGCGGUCGUUACAAGCUAGCCGAUUGCAGAUCGAGAGCGACGCUUUAGAGGAGAGCAGGCGGAAGGCAGAACUAGAGCGAAAGCGCCUGGAGGAAGCCCGAGCAGAAACAGAGCGGCUUGCCUCACAGCGUCUAGCCGGUGAUACCAUGCGGCUCGAAGGACUCGAGCGGAAAUUCGAGGAAAAGCUCAGUAGCCUCGAACGUAGUCUAGCAGAAACAGAACGGGAGGCCCUGAGACGAGAGACGGAACUUCGCAGUGACCUCGAAAACACACGGAAAAGCCUUUCGGAAUCGGUUCGACUGGUAGAGCAAUUGUCGAUGACAACGGGCGGAGGUCCAGGAAUGAUGGGUGUUAGUGGUGGAUUUUCCAGAUGGGGACCCUCAGGUCCACAACAUGGUGGAUGGAUGCAACCACGAACAAGCGAUCAUCUGCAGCAUUCGGUGACCACACAGUUACACGCUAGCCCAGAACGGCAUAGAGGCGGUGUAAGCAUACGGCCAGGUCAGCAUUUGCCGCUUCAGCACCUUCAAAUUAUGCCAUGUUGGGAUUACAGUGAUUUGUUUUCACAUUCGCAUCACUCUUGGUCAAAACAACAUUCUUGAUCGAAUCUGAAGACCGAUGUAGAUUUGCAAUUGCAUACAAGACAUGAACCCUCUAAAACUAGCGAAAACUUGUAUCUUCCGGAUCCUCCUGGGAACGCCGCAGCGCGAAUAUCAGUAGAGACAACGGCGUUGGAGGAGCAUGGGGACCAAUUGACACCUGGCAACACGAAAGUUGCACUCUUCUCGACACCUGGCAAAGGGGAUUACAAUUCGAGUCCAGCAUCCAAAGGGAAUAGUAAGGGCUCCACCAAUGAGGAAAACCUGAAGCAUGUCAUUAAAGGCAUGCAGAUGCAGAUGGAAGAAAUGCAGAGACAGGUACGGAGCUACGAUUGAAAGGUUUUUUUUGCUGGUCUUGAGCGAGAUCCUAAAUGAUACAUCUGCGUGUGAUGUAAUGAGGAAUCACUCCUGGACCCGAUGAACCUCCAUGUCCAUCAAGCUCCGUGAAAAAGGUUUCAUAUCUUCUACAUUUUCCCACCCAACAGAGUCAGCAUCACCAAAGAAAUUUACAACAGCUACGUACCGCCUCUCCGCAAAAGUACCUUGAGAAUUCUGGCGGACGAGGAGGCAUGAUAGAUGCGCCUGGGUCAGCCACUUUCAGCGAAGCAGAACCGCGAGUCAGCGAACUGAAAGAGUUUUUUAGAGAAUUUCAGGCCCAGCAGUCACGCGAGAUGGCCCAGCUUAGACAGGAGUUAGGUGGCAAUUUUUCAGGGGGUGACAAUAUGCCGGAGUCACCUGGGAAAUUCACGAAUAAAUAUAUGGAUAGGGUACUUCUGCGUUUGCGAUUUGCAGCUGAGUUUUUAUAAUAGAAUAGAGAGAGGGGAUAAACUUUCCUACUAUAAAUUAAAUGUUAGUACGUAGGAUGGGCGAUGGCGAUCAUCAUGAUGGAUCAGUUGACCCUGAAUCACGUACUUCUUUUGGACGAAUGCGAAAACUUGACUUCAAGAAAAGGUAAAUGAAGAAUCUUAAUCUUUACCUUAACCUUUUGAUAAUAAUAUCGCCUUCCUCGUCAGGUGAUUCUCGAUAGUGUCCGCGAAGUCGUAACGUCUGCGAUGAAUGAGGCUUUCGUCGCCGACGACUACAACAGACAGCAACACAUGCGACGAAAGAAAGAUCCCUUCAAUAGUGGUCAGCAUCAUCAGCAAAGUCGCGGCGGCGCCGGGCCAGGAGUUGUUCCCUCAUCGGGUGGCAAGAAGCGUGGUGGACAACAGAAGAAGACCUCGACGUCGUCACCGCAACGGCCAUUGAUGUACCCGGAGCACGAAAUGAGCAACCUUUUCUCGGCAGAAGACUCAUCUCUAGAGGACUUGAUGAGUGGCGGCGGUGGUCCAAUAUCCUUCGCUGAUCCACACUUAGGAUCAACCUACAGUUUCGGCGGAGGUCCAGGCGCACACCCUUCUAGUAUUCAGCAGAACUAUAAUCAUGGUGUCCAGGAGUUACAACACCAGCAACAUCACAAUAUGCAGAACUCCUCCAUCAAUGUAGUGGGGAACAAUCAUGACAACCAUCCUCAACAUCAUAGAAGUUUAUCAUCUCCUGGAACACGAGGCACAUCAUCAGGAGAUGGUCUUUCACAGCACUUCAGCAAUAGCGGUACUGGUAUGGUCCGGGGCAGCACGCGUGGCGGAAAUAACAUGCGAAAUUCAUCAAAUGGUGGAAGGCAUUCGCAAGUGGCGCACCAGCGACAAAUCACAUAUAACGAAUACAACGACCCUGCCUCACAGGCUCUUGCGGAGCGUUUUCCUGACACCUUCCGAGUCCUGCAGAUGAGUGGCGGAUUCUAGAGCAAGGAGAAGAACGAUAUGUGUUUAAGAUAUGAAAAAGAACACGACUUUGACUGAUUCAACUAAGUACAUUUACUGCAUAAUACAUCAAGUUACUGAGUUUGGGCGUAAUCAAUUAUUUCCAGGAUUAUAGAUACCGUUUGAGUUUGAGAUUAUAGAUUGAAGAUACAUUAAUACAACAACCUCUCUGACAGCAAGAGCAACACCUUCUGACCGUUAUAAUAUUUAUAUAUAUGUGUGCAUAUUACUAGAUGUUGUUCAUUUAUUCGAGAAUGAAUGAGCUUCACGAUCCAUCUCGAAGUGGAUGAUGUUUAGGAGGUAUACUGAGCUUUAUUUGAAUGUUACUUAAGUACUUAGAUGUUGACGUUACAACUCAUUGACAUUGUGCUAGAUUUUUGUUGGUUUAUUUCGAUUAAAUUUUAUCUAUCUUUUGGACCCUAAAAAAUGUAUUAAUUGAACAAUUCGAUGAACAAAAUCGUUUGUGGCAUUCACAGAUUGUAAAGAAUCAGGUCUUUGCAGAAAAUAUGAACAGCUGCUAGUUUCUAUCGAACAUGCUAUUUCCGAUAGAGCAGUACUAUCAUUAUUCUUCAGAGUUAAAACGAAAUACCAGCUAAAAAUUUUUUGACUCACCGUAUUGGCAAAGAAAAUUGUGAAUUUUUUGGCAAAAAAUGUAUCGAUUAUUGCAUUCAUCAUUACUGUGAUUAAGCUUGAUGAGGUUCUUCUGUUGAAAAAAUGAUGUCAUGCACAUGCGACCGACGCUUCUUACGUCUACUCCUAUCGGGGAGGGUGGUAUACAUUUGAUGAUGCAGAUGUGCACGGGGGUCGUGAUCAUUCCCUUGUCCUCUUGGACAGAUUAACAUUGUAGAUGUCGAAAAGCUCCUCUUCCCGUUGGUCAAAUUUAUAUUUGAUGAGGCAAUUCUCAUUCUGAUGUUCUCUCUGGUCGCAAGAAUGUCCUCAAUCAGGAUUGAAGUACUAG